UAAGGGACCAAAGCAAGUGUGAAUGCAGCCAAGUAUGUCACAGCUGAGUGGGUUUCACUUUCUUUUUCCUCCUCUUUGAAGGACCUGGAAAGGGUUCUUUCUGAACAUCCCAGAGGCUCAGAGGUGGUACACUCCUUGGCUCAGGGCACCUUCGGGGCUGUGUAGGGGAUGGCAGGAGGGGACAAUGGAUCCAGUAGCAGGGCAAGCUCAGGGUACCUGAGCGAAGAGGAGUCAGCUGACUAUGGGCUCAUCUUCAAUCACUUCAGAGAAAAUAAGGUGGAGAUCGCGAGCGCCAUCACCAAGCCCUUUCCUUUCCUUAUGAGCCUCCGAGACCGUGGCUACAUCUCUGAGCAGAAGUUCCAGAAUUCUCAACAAAGUUGUGAAAACCUGAUCCCACCGGAAAGGGUAGUGUAUGACAUCCUCAGUGACCUACAGAACGAGUUUAGCCUAUCGCUUCUCAAAGUGAUAUUCAGCGCGACGCAUCUGAAGGCCUACCCAGACUUAAAGGAGACUCUAAGAAACUUUCCAGAUGGGUCCAACAAUCAUAGGAUAAAUGGAAGAGAUGCUGAUGAGAGGCCCAGACUGCUGGGAGGUGUUACAGAAGCCUCUUGUAUUCCUGGAAGUUCCCAAAUGAAUGAUGAACAGACAGAGGAGGUACCUAGCCUCCCACAAUGCAAUGGAGAGGGAAGUAGUUCUUGUGAACGAAUAUUUGAUGAACAAGAGCCCCAGGAUGACACACCCUCUUCCCCACCAAGACCUGAAGCAGAAUGUCUGGCAGAAUCUUUCAUGAAGCAGAAACCCCGAAGGAUCAUCUCACCUUUAGGAGCAGAGCAAUCCACGAGUGAAAAUGAGAUGUGUUCCUGUGUCAUGUGUUCCCCAGCAUUCGUGCCAGAGAACCCGGAAGCAAGGAUGGGAAGCAGCCGUACAGAUACCAUGGAGACUGGGAACAACCCUACUGUAAGAAAAUCCAGGGGGAAGAGAAGAAAAAAGAAAGGUCACAACUGGUCAAGAGUAAAACGGAGAAGGCCGCAAGCUGUACGGCCAAAAAAUGGCAGGAGAGUUGGUCGCCAGGCUGCUUUCAGGAGAAAGAAAACAGAAAAGAAUCCAGGCCGUUCUGCCAAGACCAGGGUUCCAAGAAGGCGCAGAAAUGAAAAUGCAGAUUUCAGUGCUGAACUGCUUCCUGUGACAUGUGGUGACGUGAAGGGAACAUUACACAAGGACAGAUUCAAGCAAGGGAUCUCCAUGAAGUCCAUACAGAGUGAAGCUGGGAACUGGUACACACCCACUGAGUUUGAAAUCUUGGGAGGCCAUGGACGGUCAAAGAACUGGAAAUUGAGUGUGCGCUGCUACAAUUGGCCCCUGAAAUUGCUGAUCCAGAGAAAAUUUCUCCCCAAUUUACCACGGAUUUAUGGCAAGAGAAAAAAGCGGAGAACACAGGAUUUGUCCAGUGCCCCAGCUAACGCUCAGAAUUCAGAUGAAUGUGAAGUGUGCCGGGAUGGAGGAAUGCUCUUCUGCUGUGACACUUGCCCCAGAGCCUUCCACGAGGAGUGUCACAUCCCUGCAGUGGAGGUUGAGAUGACACCAUGGAGUUGCAUCUUCUGCAGGAUGCAGUCCUUAGGAAGCAAACAGACUCAUCUGGAAUCUGAGGUCCUGCAGAGGCAGAUGGUGCCCCAGGAGCAGCUGAAGUGUGAGUUUGUCCUCUUGAGAAUCUACUGCUGUUCUGAGAGUUCCUUUUUUGCCAAGAUGCCAUAUUAUUGUUAUUUUAGAGAGACGUCUGUGGGCAUAACGGAACCUAUGUGGUUGGACUUGAUCAAGAAAAAGCUUAAAGGGAGAGAUUACUCCCACGUGAAAGAGUUUGUGCAAGACGUUAGGCUCUUCUUCCAGAACCACAAGGUCACGUUCAAGGACCGUAACUUUGGCCAAAUGGGACUUAGACUGGAGUCUGAGUUUGAGAAGAAUUUCAAGGAAGUGUUUGCUAUUCAGGAUACAAAUGAAAACAGUUGACUGAUGUCACAGAUGCUGCUGGUGUCCUGGCACCAUGUCCUUUUCCAGCCAGGUCUUCCCAUCUGCAGCACUGAGCAUUCUUUACUGAUACCAUCAUCUUCAAGGGAUUUUCUGGGUCACAUGGGGACAGCUGCAACCGGGAGUCACACCUCCAGGUCUUGUGGUCCAUCCCCCUGCCUCCAGUGGAAACAAAGGGUGUGAUAGAUUGCUGUUCUUUGCUCCCCAAGGGUCUAGGUUAGAGGCUGUCUCCAGAUGGCCUGGCCCUGCUUCCCCUGUGACACAUAUGUUCCUGACAGCACUUCAUAGUUAACCAUAAUCCUCCAAGAUGUCAAUUCAUGUGGUGAGACACUCCUGUAGUCCCAGCCCUUGGAAUGCGGAGGCAGGAGGAUAGCUGCAAAUGUGAUGCCAGCCUGGGCUACAUGAUGAGUUUCAGUGACUCUGGUAAUAAAGCAAGGUCCUAGCUCAAGAGCAAACAAACAAUUCACCAAAUAAAAUUUUAAAAAGGACU